AUGGGCAAAAGCAUUGCUGAUUUUCACUUUGCCUCUGAUGAGCUUUCGCCUGGUUACACUGAGAGGUUGACAAAAGAGAUUGAAAGUAAAAGGAACUUAGUAGUAACACCCGAUGAUCUGUUGUUGCCUCAGAUGUUGAAUUCUGACCAAAAACUUGCCUAUGAUCUAAUCGUAAAAGCAUGUUCUUCCUUAGAAGGCCAAGCAUUUUUCGUUGAUGGCCCUGGCGGCACCGGUAAAACAUUCUUGUACCGGGCACUUCUCGCAACUUUGCGAUCACAGAACCAUGUUGCACUUGCAGCAACAUCAAUCCUUCCUGGCGAAAGGACGGCUCACUCGAGAUUCAAGAUACCACUUGAUUUCUCAAAGACUAAGAGUUGUCAGCUUAGUAAACAGAGCUCUGCUGCAAAACUCAUUUCUGAAUCUAAGCUUAUUUUGUGGGAUGAGGCUUCGAUGGCUAAGCGGGACACAAUUGAAGCAUUUGACGAGUUGCUGAAAGAUUUAAUGGACUCUGAUUUGCCAUUUGGAGGAAAGGUAAUAGUUUUUUGUGGAGAUUUUCGGUAG